AAUUUCCUUCUUCAAUUUUCAAAGUGGAAAGUGCCACAAAAAUAAUCAUUUUAAAUAAUUUGCAAAAUAAAUGAGAGUAAACUCCUAAACAAAUAAAGACACCAAUUUUUCCAUUCCACAAAAAAAACAAAAAAUAAAAUGCGUAUUAUACUCAUCAUUCAAAUGCAAUGCCCGAAAUAAAUAGAAAAAUCAAACGUGAUCAAAUUCUAAAUAAAUUAAUAAAAUCCGCCAAACAAUGUCAGGAACAAUUUGGCGGUCGAAAAGAGUUGGCUACCGAGAAAGAUGACGUAACUGCUCGAUUAUUAAAUUCUCUCGAAGACGCCUUCUUUUUUGGCCUUAAAUCGCAACCAACAUCUUUGCCGAUAGCAAUAUUUCAAAAUGUUCAUGAGAUAGUCUCAGGUAAUACAACAACAACAAAUGAUUUUUUAUUUUGGGAUUUUUGUCAAAAACAUUUAACAAAUCAUGAACAACAAAGGUUUGAUGGAUUGAAGAAUGUCACGACGAAAUGUGGCAAAGCCAAGGCAUUUAUUAGAGCUUCUUUGAAUGAGAAUUCUUUGGGAAGGUAUAUUCUGACUUGGCUUUAUGAUCCAAGUCUUGGGGAUAUUUAUGAAUCAUGGGCAUUUAUGGUUGAUCCGGAGGCAGCCAAUUUGCUCCCAUCAAUUGCCGAUGGUUUGAAUACGAUUUUGUUUGCUCUCGCUGUCGACACACAGGAGGUGGAUUUACAAGUUGGUUAUGGUUUGGCACGAAAACCAGAACCAAUUAUUUAUGCUCCAUCUCCAAUUGGCUCUCUAAAAAAGACCACAGCCAUAGAGAGGCCCAUUGCAGGUGUUGAGGCAGCGGAGGAUGUUGUUAGCGAGGUUUUACCAAAUAGAGUGAGAAAAGAGUCCUGCAGAGGGAGCGAAGAGCUUGUUACCCAAGUGACCGAAAGUACCCCUUCACAAGAAACAGUUGACUAUGAACCGGAAUGUCUUACCGAGAUACUCCAUGAAAUGCUAACUAAGAAAUUCGAUCACGAAAUCAUACCUCAUGAACCGGAGAUUCUUUUGGAAGCCGAAGCUGACACAAAAAGUGAAACAUCAUCCCAGUGCAGCAAGUCAUCGUCAGCUGUUUCCAAUCCAAAUGUAUUUCGUCAGCAAAGUACCACAGAGCUGGAGCAGAAACUCCGUGACAUGACAGAGCGAUGCACUCUGCUCGAAACCAGAGUGGCCCAGUUGAGUUUGGAAAACAGGCAAUUGCGACGGCUCACACACAAUGCUGUGACGGAAACAACAGCAAAUUUCUUAAUCACAAUCCCUCAGGCCAAACUCAUUACGACUCGCAGUCGUAACUAUUACUCUUACGAAGUCCACAUAACAAUGCGUGACAGACUAGAACAUUGGUUGGUAAUGCGGCGAUACAGGGAGUUCCAUAAACUCCAUAAGCAAUUGAAGAAAAUCCACCCAGGAAUAUCGACAAUUGAAUUCCCACCAAAGAAACACUUUGGCAAUAUGAAUCGGAUUUUUGUAGAGGAACGACGACAGCAGUUACAGAUCUAUCUAAUCAGUGUGAUGGAAUUUCUACCUCAGGUCGAGGCGUGUCGGAACAAAGAGGAAUUACAAAGGAUUUUCCCAUUCUUUCAGGAUCGAUAAAAGUCGAAAGUCGCAA